GACUGCGGGAACGGGGGCUCUUCUGUGAUCGGGAGCAGGUCGCCAUUGAGUUCGAGAUUCCAAGCUCCGGACUUGCACUCUCUGACAAGCAUUUCCCAUUGAUUCUUCAGCGAAUCCGUUGCAGCUGCAGCUCUUCCCACGAUCCGGAGCUCGAGCCGUGAAGGCACCAGUCGAUGACGCGCCAGUCGCCUCGGCUGGAUCGGGCCCUCCCCUGACCCUUCCAGAUCUCGGCGACGCCCAACGGAUCCGAUCCGCCUGAGUUCCGGUUUCGAAGAAGGAAGUCGCUCCGGAAUGGCGGGAGCGGUGUCGGCACUGUUCCUGCUCGACAUCAAGGGCCGCGUCCUGGUGUGGCGCGACUACCGUGGCGAUGUCUCCGCCGUUCAGGCUGAGCGCUUCUUCACCAAGCUCAUCGAGAAGGAGGGUGAUCCACAAUCUCAAGAUCCCGUUGUGUACGACAAUGGUGUCACCUAUAUGUUUAUACAGCACAGCAACGUUUACUUGAUGGUAGCGGCAAGGCAGAACUGCAAUGCUGCAAGCCUUCUGUUUUUCCUACACCGUGUAGUCGAUGUCUUCAAACAUUAUUUCGAGGAGUUAGAAGAGGAAUCUCUGAGAGAUAACUUUGUUGUAGUGUAUGAAUUACUUGAUGAAAUGAUGGACUUUGGUUACCCUCAAUACACUGAGGCAAAAAUUUUAAGCGAGUUUAUCAAGACGGAUGCUUACAGGAUGGAAGUAUCACAGAGGCCUCCUAUGGCUGUAACAAAUGCAGUGUCUUGGCGUAGUGAAGGGAUACGCUACAAGAAGAAUGAAGUUUUUUUGGAUGUUGUGGAGAGUGUGAAUAUUCUUGUCAAUAGCAACGGGCAGAUUAUUCGAUCAGAUGUUGUUGGGGCCUUGAAGAUGAGAACAUACUUGAGUGGCAUGCCUGAGUGCAAGCUUGGCCUGAAUGAUAGAGUCCUAUUGGAGGCUCAAGGUCGAGCUACGAAAGGGAAGGCCAUUGAUUUGGAUGACAUCAAAUUUCAUCAGUGUGUAAGGUUGGCCCGAUUUGAGAAUGACAGGACAAUAUCGUUCGUACCACCUGAUGGAUCUUUUGAUCUCAUGACAUACAGGCUGAGCACGCAGGUGAAGCCACUCAUUUGGGUGGAAGCUCAAGUGGAAAGGCAUUCGAGAAGUCGCAUUGAGAUAACGGUGAAGGCAAGAAGCCAAUUCAAAGAGCGGAGUACUGCAACAAACGUGGAGAUUGAGUUGCCAGUGCCAGCAGAUUCGACAAAUCCUAAUGUGCGAACAUCGAUGGGAUCAGCAUCAUAUGCUCCUGAGACUGAUGCACUUGUUUGGAAAAUUAAGUCUUUUCCCGGUGGCAAGGAAUACAUGUUGAGGGCAGAAUUCAGUCUUCCCAGUAUAACAGAUGAAGAAGGAACUCCUGAGAGGAAGGCCCCUAUACGUGUGAAAUUCGAAAUACCAUACUUCACUGUCUCGGGAAUUCAGGUUCGAUACCUGAAGAUUAUUGAGAAGAGCGGCUAUCAGGCUCUCCCAUGGGUGAGAUACAUAACAAUGGCAGGGGAGUACGAACUCAGGCUUAUCUGAUUGCUCACCUUUUAUAACAACUUGAGUGGCAGAGAUAUGAUAGCAGCUCGGAGAGAAUUGGCCUUGAACAAAAAAUCUACCGAGAGUAAUUUACUUUUGCAGCUUCAUUAUCAUUCUUUACUUCGGGUUUUUAGAUCCCGACGGUGAUUUUAUGAAUUUGUUGUCAAUGUUUUAUGUGAGAAUUACCAAUCUGAGAUUGUGUGAAAUGAAAAUUCACUUGUAAUGUAAAAUGGAAGCAUUCCUUGACUGUCCAUUCCACUGGAAGAGUUCUUGAAACUGUUCAUUGUUUUAAGCUACAUUGCCUUUCCUUUA